AUGGAAAUUAAGCACGCCUUUCUUUACCUUUCUCUCUUGCUUGGUCUCUCCUUGCUGCAUGGAUAUUCUGCCUAUGCUGCAGGAACCCAUGAUGGGUCUGAGCAAUGGGGAUAUGUUGAAGUUCGACCCAAGGCCCACAUGUUCUGGUGGCUUUACAGAAGUCCACAUAGAGUUCAAGAUCCAUCCACCCCAUGGCCAAUACUUCUCUGGCUCCAAGGAGGCCCUGGUGGCUCUGGAGUUGCUUUCGGAAAUUUCUUAGAAAUUGGUCCAUUGGAUGGGAAUUUGAAGCCCAGGAAGUUAACUUGGCUCCGAAAAGCAGAUCUCUUGUUUGUGGAUAGCCCAGUGGCAACAGGCUUUAGUUAUGUGGAGGAUAAGUCUUUGGUGGUUAAGACUGAUGAAGAGGCAGCAACAGAUUUAACUACCCUGUUGAAGAAGCUCUUUAAUGGAAAUGAAAAACUCCAAAAAAGUCCCUUGUACAUUUUUGCUGAAUCAUAUGGUGGAAAAUUUGCUGUCACUCUAGCAGUAUCAGCUCUAAAAGCAAUUGAGGCAAGAGAAUUGAAGCUACAACUUGGAGGAGUUGCAUUGGGAGAUAGCUGGAUUUCUCCUGAAGAUUUUGUGUUCUCAUGGGGAUCUCUUCUGAAAGACUUGUCACGAAUUGACAGAAAAACAUUGAACAGCUCAAACAGUUUCGCUCUAAAGAUUCAGCAGCUGCUGGCAGAAGGAAACUAUAAAAAUGCAACAUCAACACUGAAUCACCUCCAGGACUUUAUUCUAAAUAAGAGUAACAAUGUGGAUUUCUAUAACUUCUUGCUGGACGCUGGCAAUGACCCUGUUGUUGGGAGAAGGGAAUCCAGAGAAAUAGCACUGAUGGAAAAGUACUCGGGAUAUCUAGCCACCAAAAAACAUUCACCAGCCAGUCAACGUGUUCUUCCUAGCUUGAUGAAUGGGCGUAUUAAAAAGAAGCUAAAGAUCAUUCCCAAGAAAGUAAAAUGGGGUGGACAGUCUCGCUUGGUUUUUCCAGCCAUGACUGGUGAUUACAUGAAACCCAGAAUCAAAGAGGUUGACCAUCUCCUAGCCAAAGGCAUAAACGUGACCAUUUACAACGGACAGCUUGAUCUCAUAUGCUCAACCAAAGGAGCAGAAGCAUGGGUUGGCAAACUCAAGUGGGAUGGCUUGAGAAAUUUUUUAAACUUGGAACGCAAUCCUUUAUAUUGUGGAAAAGAUAAUACAACGACAAAAGGGUUUGUAAGAUCUUACAGAAACCUCGCUUUCUAUUGGAUUCUUGGGGCUGGCCACUAUGUUCCUGUUGAUCAGCCCUGUGUUUCGCUAGAGAUGGUGGGCACGAUCACUGGGUCUCCGAAUUAACAAUACAAAAAUGGCAGAAAUAUGGGAAGAGGAAGGUUACUUU